GAAUAAGUCUCGGCUCCGCCUAACAAACGCCUUUCUCCUUGCUCUCUUCCUCUUCCGCUCGACUCGUAUUUGGGAGAAGAGGAGAGGGUUCGAAGAUUCGAAUAGUCGGGCGUUCUUGCCAUGGCCUCCAAGCGGAUUUUGAAGGAGCUCAAGGAUCUUCAGAAGGACCCCCCUACUUCUUGCAGUGCAGGCCCUGUGGCAGAAGACAUGUUUCAUUGGCAAGCUACUCUAAUGGGUCCCCCUGAUAGUCCUUAUGCUGGGGGCGUCUUUCUAGUAACCAUCCACUUUCCUCCAGACUAUCCAUUCAAACCACCCAAGGUAGCAUUCAGGACAAAAGUCUACCAUCCAAAUAUCAACAGCAAUGGAAGCAUUUGCCUUGACAUCUUAAAAGAGCAAUGGAGCCCUGCAUUAACCAUUUCCAAGGUAUUGCUUUCAAUCUGUUCACUUCUGACGGACCCAAACCCUGAUGAUCCAUUGGUUCCAGAGAUUGCACACAUUUACAAGACUGAUAGUAACAAGUAUGAGACCACUGCACGGAGCUGGACCCAGAAGUAUGCCAUGGGUUAGAUGUGGUGGCUGGAGGUGGAGGUUGUUUCCUCUCUCCCUGUGCUCUAUAUCAGGUGGUGCUUUAACUGAUAUAUAUAUAUAUAUAUCUGACAUGGUUUAUGUCUGUUAUCACUCUUUUGUUAUAUUUAUGAAGCAGAUCAUGCACUCGAGGCUCGAAUAUUUGCAUGUGAAAUUACAGUUUGGGCCUAUGCACCUCAAUUUCUUCUGGCCUAGACUCUUGUGUUAUCCCUGUUAAAUGGUCACUUUCUACUAAUGUAAAAAUGGCUGCUCUCCUAUAAAAUCUUGUCAGCCUUAGUUA